UGGCACAAAAUAAUGAAAAUCUCUUUAUAAAACGAGCGUGAGUGGCGGAGAGAAGAAAUCUCACUUCACCGGAAGAAGACGCCGUUCCACCCGGAAUGAGAAAGCUUCAAGUUUCUCGUUGUUGGCACAUACCGUGAUUCCACUUUCGCAAGCCUUUUGCUGUAAUUUCAACCGUUGGCAGCCUCUCCGGCGAGAUGAAGUUCAUCUUCGAGUUCGUGUCGUGCUGCGGGAUGCCACCUCGUCCCGCGGUGCCGGAGGAGGUGCCGCUCCCCGAGGAAUCGCGGACGGUGGAACUCCGGAGGCGCUACCGGAAGGAGAGAGUAGGGUCAUCGCGGUCGUCGUCGUCGUCGGUGGAGUGGCAUCCGUCUCUGUGCUCGAUCUCCGAGGACAACCUCGUCCUGGAGAAGGAAGAAAGGCCGGCGGAGUCGGAGAGGACGCCGAAGAGGAAGGCUGCAUCCAGUACCAAGAUUCAUGUUCGGAGCUACAACGAAGAUUACAGGCGAAGUCAAAUUUCGAUGACGCUGCCGACGUUCUCUCCGGCGCCGUUCAUGUUCUGAUGAGUGGUGUUCAUCACCCAAAACCUGUAAAUAGGAUUACGGACGAAUGUAAUCAAUCUGCAACAGUAAAGCGAAAAUUAAAAAAUAUUAUGUUGCAAAGCAUUCAGUGCUGUUAUGAUCAAUGGAUAAAGUUUUGAUAA